AUGUCCCAUUCCAAGGUAGAGUAUAUCAGAGAUCAAACUGAUUCAGUUUCCAUCUCCGACAAAGCCCAGUUACAACAAGAAUUGUUUAAUAAUGAUGACUUUGAAAACUAUGCUUAUCUUGAUCAGCCUUGGUGGAAGUAUUCACAUUUCCGCUGGUUACACUUUUAUGUCUUUUUGAUUACGUUGACAUCCACCAGUAAUGGAUAUGAUGGCUCUAUGUUGAAUGGUUUUCAGUCUUUGGAAAUUUGGAAUAAACAUAUGGGAAAUCCAGAAGGUUCGGUCUUAGGUGCCCUUUCGAACGGGACAACAUUUGGUUCUAUUAUUUCUUUUGCAGUGGCUUCUUAUCUCUCUGAUAAGUUUGGAAGAAAAGCUUGUAUAAUUGGAGGGUUAAUUGUAACAAUAAUUGGUGCUAUUUUGCAGGGAGCUUCCUACAACUAUGCUUUCUUUUUAAUUUCAAGAAUUAUCAUAGGUAUUGGAUUUUCAGUGGCUAUGUGUUCAUCACCUUCAUUAAUUGCAGAAUUGUCUUAUCCAAGCUAUAGAGCAACUUGUACCGCUUGUUAUAAUACCUUAUGGUACUUUGGAGCUAUUAUUGCUGCUUGGGUUACUUAUGGUACAAGAAAUAUCAAUGGUGCUAACGCCUGGAGAGUUCCUUCUUACUUGCAGGGAUUUUUGCCUCUUGUUCAGCUUUCUAUGGUUUGGAUGGUUCCCGAAUCUCCAAGAUUCUUAAUAUCUAAGGGAAAAAGUGAACAGGCUAGAAGAAUUUUGCAUAAAUAUCACACUGGAUCUUCUGAAGAUGAAAGAGCACACAGACUUGUUGAAUUUGAGAUGAGAGAAAUCGAAGCUGCUCUUGAAUUAGAGAAAGUAUAUUCCACAACUAGAUUUAUUGAUUUCGUUAGAAUUCCAACUUUUAGGAAGAGAUUAUUCUUAAUUGUAUUUACUGCUUGGAUUAUGCAACUUUCUGGUAAUGGUUUAGUUUCAUAUUACUUGAACAAGGUUUUAGACUCUAUUGGAAUCACAAGUGCUACAAAACAAUUGCAGAUUAAUGGUUGUUUAAUGAUUUACAACUUUUUCAUAUCCGUAUUUGCAGCUUGUAUCGUCUACCAAUUUAGGAGAAGAACAGUAUUCUUGUCUUGUAUAUCGGGUAUGUUGGUCACUUAUAUUAUUUGGACAGCUCUUUCCGCAAUCAAUCAAAAACGUAACUUUGAACAAAAAUCAUUAGCAAAUGGUGUUCUUGCUAUGAUUUUCCUUUAUUAUCUUGCUUAUAAUUUUGGUGCAAAUGGUUUACCAUAUUUGUAUAUUACUGAAAUAUUACCAUAUUCACACAGAGCAAAAGGUAUUAAUAUUUUCCUGGUUUGCCAGAACAUUAUCCUUGUUUAUAACGGUUUUGUCAACGCAAUAGCUAUGGAAGCUAUCGAGUGGAAAUACUAUAUAGUGUACUGUUGUAUUAUUGCUGUGGAAUUAGUUGUUGUAUAUCUCUUUUACGUCGAAACUUAUGGUUACACAUUAGAAGAGGUUGCAAAAGUCUUUGGCGAUGAUGCUACUACUACCUUGCAAGUGGUUUCUUCCCCAGUUGACAAAUUGGCUGUUGAACAUGCAGAAAAUGCAGAAAAUACAAGUAGUGCUUCUUCUAAGCAAGUUCUUCAAGUUUAA